UAAACUGGUCGUUCACCGUUUCCGUUUAAUUGAUCAUUGCAUUACCUUUUUUCGUACUGAACUCAGCCCUGAAGGACGACACCACGUUUUAACGGUUCUCUCUUCUAACUUCUCACGCUCUCCACCACUUUGUUCCAGGAGCAAGCUAGCUGUGCUCUGCGGUGAACAGGAUUUGGUGUCCACACUGGCAUCCAUUGGCCCGCUCUGAGGUGAACAAGAAAUAAACCACAUCAAAGACGAGGUGAUUGGGUAGUGAUACCAGAGGGGGAAGCUAGUCAAAAUGCUUCAGGACAUUGGUGCUAGAGCCAUGGGGGUUUAUGAGUACCUCUUGAAGGGAACAGACCCGCGACUGUGGAGCUACCCACUCAUGCAGAGUCCGGUGAACAUGUCGGCCAUCUUGCUGACCUACAUCUUCUUCGUGCUGGUCGCUGGGCCUCGCUUCAUGGCCAACCGCAAGCCCUUCCAGCUCAAGGAGGCCAUGAUCACUUACAACUUCUCCAUGGUGGCGUUGAAUGCCUUUAUUGUCUAUGAGUUCUUGAUGUCUGGCUGGGCCACGACAUACACAUGGAGAUGUGACGCAGUUGAUUACUCGGAUAGCCCCCAAGGCCUUAGAAUGGUUCGAGUGGCCUGGUUAUUCUUGUUCUCCAAAUUCAUUGAGCUCUUGGACACGGUGUUUUUCGUUCUGAGGAAGAAACAUGGCCAGAUCACCUUCCUGCACGUCUUCCACCACUCUUUCAUGCCCUGGACCUGGUGGUGGGGUGUCAGCUUAGCUCCCGGGGGAAUAGGCUCUUUCCAUGCCAUGGUGAAUUGCAUCGUCCACGUCAUCAUGUACUCCUACUACGGCCUGUCUGCGGCUGGACCGCGCUUCCAGAAGUUCCUCUGGUGGAAGAAGUACAUGACCGCCAUCCAGCUGGUUCAGUUUGUGAUGGUGUCCCUCCACGUCACCCAGUAUUACUUCAUGGACAGCUGUGACUACCAGGUCCCCCUGUUCAUCCACCUCAUCUGGAUGUAUGGCACCUUCUUCUUUGUGCUCUUCUCCAACUUCUGGUACCAGGCAUACGUGAAGGGAAAGCGGUUGCCCAAGCAGGACUCCAAGCCUGGCCUCAACGGCAAGGCCAACGGGACCACCAUGGUCGCCAAUGGCAAUGGCAAGCACCACAAGAAAGGUAACAGCAAUGGCACCAGCAACGGUUCCAGUCACAACGAAAAUGGUAGUGCCCAUGCGGGCAAGAUGAAGAAGUCCUAGGGUCUUCGGAAAAGAACACCCAAGACGCGUGAAUAAGAGAUCCUGCACAAACUACUGUGGAUUCCAAAGAAUGUUUUGGUUAUGUUUAUUUUCUGAUCGUUUUUAGUUUUAUUCAGCACAAAAACCUGGGGAAAUGAUGAGGUCAAUGACUUCUGCAGUUGGGGUCCCACAUUUCGUUGUUUCUUAGUUUUUUUUUUUUUUUUUAACUGCGAAACUAACUAUGAACACAAUGUAUGAAGAGGAUACAAAUUAUGAUCUGAUGUUAUCUUCACUGAUGUUGCCACCCCGAAAUGAUUGACACCCUUGAUAAAGAUGAGCAAUAAUGACUAUAUAAAAUAAAUAAUUAAAAUACUGAGCUACAUUGUAUGCAAAAAAAAUUGGGAAAUUAUAUUAUUUUAUACUAAGAGAAAGAGAUUUUGUUUAACAAGUACUACUUUUUUUCUAUAAAAGGUACGGGUCAAAAUUAUUGACACCUCUGAAGAUUAUUAUAAAUAAAGCAGUCAAAAGUUUAUUUGGCCACAUAUUCCUAGCACACAAUGACUACGUCAAGCUUGUGACUCUACAUACUUUUUGGAUGGAUUUGCAGUUUUGAUUGUGUUUCAGAUUAUUUUGUGCCCAAUAGAAAGAAAUGGUCAAUAAUGUAGUGUAAUUUGUAUUGUAAAUAAUAAUAUAAUAUGUUUCUAAACACUUCUACAUUAAUGUGGAUGCUACCAUGAUUAUGGAUAAUCCUGAAUUAAUUGUGAAUAAUGAUGAGUGAGAAAGUUAGAGGGUCAAAGAUCAUACCCCCAAGACGUUCUAAUCUCUCACCAUUUCCAAAAACGGGAUGUCUUGAGGGUAUGAUCUUUGACCCUCAUUAUUAUUCACCCAGCCCACAGCUCUCUCUGUGUGGGGGAGGGGCAUGGUUCAGGGUUGAACUAGGGCACACACAUAAUACUGGUAUAUGACUGACUUUGAGCUGGUGACACUGUAAAUUACCCAAUAAUGCCAACGACACAACUUGUAAUGACUGUCUGGAAAUGUCUACAGUAUCUAUGACGUGUCGAGGCUAAGGCCAUUCUUACUUCACAAGGCUGUAAGCCCAACAACCUCAAUGAGUUGGUAAAUUACCUGCUUGUCAUGACAGAGCAACGUUAUGGUGCUUCUUUCAAAGUGUUUCUGUGGGACCUUGACACUGUAGAGUUGGACGAUUAAUGUCUCCUUACAGCAGGAAAUAUGUUUCCAUCUGCUUGGAUACUGAUCCUAAUGGAAAAUUGAACUUUAUACCUUGAUUUCCACAAGCAUUUCAAACAAUGUUUGACAAAUCCUUGUAUGAUGUCCUUUGUGUUAAUAUAAUGUUUAUUCAUCCUAGGUUGACUGUAAUGCAUUUCAGGGGUAAUCGAGAGGAAUUCAAAUACAUCCACAUUUGAAAACAUUA